UGACACACCUGAAGGAGUCGUGAGAUUUUACACCUGUCCUCACCUUGCUAAUCUAGGGUUUCCAUAUCAAUACUUCACUGAAGGUCCCUCGCACCACCGCUCACAGAAUCAAUGAUGAAGCUUCUACUGAUUUUCUGCCUGUUCAUCGCAAACGCUCUCGCCCAACAGUCAUACACUCUGGAGAAUGUUGGCUACCUAAAUUUACCGGACUGUUCCGUGGCAAACAUUCAAAUGUUUAGCGAUUCUGCAGUAAAAGCAGCCAUGCAUGAGCCCACCAGGAUACUAUAUGUAGCAGGUGAUAAAUGCGUGCAUGUGUUGGAUGUCAGCAAUGCAGCGAGUCCGACACGUCUUACCACGAAAUAUUUCAAUGCUGGCAACGACGGCAAAUUGAAAGAUAUUGAGGUAUGCGGAAACACCCUGGCUGUCCUCGUGGAAAACCCUUUUGAACUAGCCGAGGGCCAUGUGUAUUUGUGUAGUCUCUACAGUGUAAUCACCGAUACUUUCGACUGUGGACAACACAACCGAAUUGCAGUGGGCGAUUCACCGAAGAACAUGAAGUACACAAGUGACUGUGAGAAGUUACUCGUAACGAAUGAAGGUCGCGCUGGGUUGAUGAACGGGGUAUUCACAGAUCAUGACGGUACUGUGACUAUAAUUAACAAGAAUCUAGCCGUAGCAGGCGCCCCCUGUGUCAGACCAAUUUCUUUCAAAGACUUUGACAGUCAAGCCUUGGAUUACGUUACUAGAGGUAUACGUUGGGCAUACCGUGGAGACCAUAACAAUGGUAUUAACACGGAACUUUCACAGGACAUCGAACCGGAAGACAUCGCCAUUAGUGAUGAUAACACGCGGGCCUACAUCACUCUACCGGAAAAUAAUGCUAUAGCUGUGAUAAAUCUGAUUAACGACACCUGGGUCGAUAUUUAUCCCAUGGGAACCAAAGACUGGAGGGGCAGUGUUUUGGAUGCCAGUGACCGUGACGGCGGCAUUAACUUGGUCGGUCACUAUCAUGUGAAAAGCAUCUAUCAGCCGACUGGAGCCGUAUUCGUCCAAGGGACAAGCACACCGUUUGUUGUUACUGCCAACACGGGUGCCAUGAAGACUUAUACAAUAGAUGAGCAUGGAGUUGACUUUUCAGACAAUUCGAGAGGACAAACUGCCUUAAAUGAUGGCCUCAUUGAUUACAUAUUGGCACCUGAAGGGAUUAUCCUUGAUCUUUCAAGUCCAUCACGUUUAGGGCGAGUCCAUAUCAGCACUGUUGAUGGACGCGGUGUUGUAGCUUCUGACCUCAUAGCUGACAUUCACUUGUUCGGAGGGCGUGACCUCGGCUUCUGGAACCCAAACACCUUCACCAUGGACCACCACACCGGCGAUGACCUCGAACUUAAGGCUUCUUCAGCCUACCCUGAUGUCUUCAACGGUGACUGCUCUGAUGAAACAGUGUCUCCUUUCGAUGAGAGGGACACUCGCUCCGAUGAUAUGGGCCCUGAACCGCACGUGAUGACUGCCGGUCACUACAAUUCGAUCCCAAUCAUAGCUGCAGGGACACGUAAUGGUCUCAUCUACCUCUACUACAUGGCAUUAAACACCCCCGUCUUCAGCAGCGUCUACAGGCUGGGUAACACUACGGCGAUCUGGGGUCAGGCGCAGGGUUCGGCCGCGGCCGGGGACGGGCUUAUUUCAGACAUGGGGAUCAUCACACAGGGUAUCCUUGGUAACGAACCCUACAUGUACGUCAUCGGUCGCGGAACUGGAACUGUUAGUUUCUAUAAAAUCCAUCUAAAUGUGUAGACUCUUUAAGUCAUGCAAUAAACUAUCAUUUUGUUAGAUAAAA